AUGGCGUCAACAAGGAAAGUCCUCGUACUCGGCGCAACCGGCAAACAAGGGGCUGCUGUCGUCGAUGCUCUCCUCGAGCUUCCCGCCAGCUCUCCCCCUCUCGAGAUCCUCGCCCUCACACGGAAUCCCGACUCUGCAAAGGUCCAGUCACUCAUUGACUUCGCAAAGACCAAGGGCGUCACAGUCACGCCCGUCCAAGGCGACCUCAAGGAUUCUCAAACCCAAGUCUUCCAAGCCCACCCACGCAUCGACACGGCCUUCAUCGUGACUACUAUCGGUAACGAAGACGUCAUCGGAAAAGCCUGGGUCGAUGCCGCUAUCGAUGCGAACGCCGCUCAGAUUGUUCUCACCUCCGUCGACCGCGGCGGCGAUGACAAAUCCUGGGAGAACCCUACCGACGUGCCGCAUUUCCUGCAGAAGCAUGCCAUCGAGGUGCACCUUCGUGACCGCGCUGACGAGCUCAAGAAGGAUGGACGACAGUUACGUUGGACAAUUCUUCGUCCGACGGCGUUCCUGGACAACACCAAUCCGGGUAUGUUUGGCAAGAUGUUCGCAGCCAUGUGGUCCACCCUGCCGGCUGAUCGAAGCUUGCAACUUGUCUCGGUGAGGGAUAUUGGGCUCUUUGCAGCCAAAGCUAUUGGGAACCCUGAGAAAUGGGAUCGGAGGGCCGUAUCGCUGGCUGGCGAGGACGUCACCUACGCCAAGGCAAGGGAGGUCUUCAAGAAGGUUGUCGGCAGCGACAUGCCGCAGACGUACACCAUCUUUGGACAGGGUAUGCUAUGGGCCAUAGCCGACGUAGGCAAGAUGUUUGAGUUCUUCAAGAGAGAGGGCUAUGGAGCGGACAUCCAAGCGUUGAGGAAAGAAGAACCGCGUUUGCAAGAUUUUGAGGCUUGGCUGAAGGAGAGCAGUGGCUGGAAGAACGAGAAAGGCGAGAUUUGA